AUGCCGACUCCUUUGGGGUAUUCGAAGGUGUUGUUGGGUACAGAGACUGCCACAACGGGGCCCAUCCACCGAUCUCUGGCAGCUCCUCGAGAUGCUGUACUUCAAGACCCACCGAAUCCCGACGACCCGUACGUGGGACUCACUCGUCCCGAGGAACCAAGCUUGUACCACAGCUUCAUCCGCACUGUGCAGUCGAAAGGUUCUUUGCCAUGUCUCGGUAUACAACCCUUUGUCAAUGGCGUUGCACAACCUUACACGUGGCUGACAUACGAACAAGUGAGCAACCGGAUCACACAUAUUGGCGCUGGUAUGAUGCACCUGGACUUGUUGCCUCGAAUUGGUGGAGAUAAUGGAGACCGGAUGCUUGCGAUAUAUAUGAAGAACUCUAUCGACUGGGUGCUAGUGGAACAUGCAGCCUACGCAUACAGUGCCAUCGUCGUAGCCCUCUACGACACUCUGGGACCAGAUUCGACCCAGUUCAUCCUCAAUCAAACAGAAAUCGCCACAAUCGUCUGCACUGCUGCUGAGUUACCUAAACUUACUCAAGUUUGCCCUAAGUGUCCGAACCUGAAAAACGUUUUGAUUUCUGGUGGAUGUACUGGGGAUGCACAGUUUGAGGCCGAAUGCAAGGCUCGUGAAGCUGGUUUAAAUGUCCUACACUUGGAAGUAGUCGAGACGGAGGGUCAAAAGCAUCCAGUCGAAAUGGAACUACCGAAUGGAGACGAUGUAGCCACAAUCAUGUACACAAGUGGCACCACAGGAGAGCCGAAAGGUGCGAUGCUGACACAUGCAGCGAUCCUCUGUGGUUGUACCGCCGUUAAAGAUUUCGUGACGGCAGGUGGACAUGCGUUCACUACGCAGAGCGUGUAUUUAUCGUACCUCCCUUUGGCUCAUAUUCUCGAACGUACAGCUUUUGUACAUUCUUUCAGUGUGGGGAGUCGAGUGGGGUUCUCGCAAAAUAACCCACUCAAGCUUGUGGACGACAUUAGAGCUCUCCGUCCCACAGUUUUCAUUACGGUCCCUCGCUUACUCAAUCGGAUCUACGACUCUAUCACUGCUAAAAUGCUAAACGGAAAAAAAUCCCUCGCCUUCUUGUUCACUACGGGAGUUCGAACGAAGUUACGGCGUCUUCGACGAUACGGCAUCACACAUCACGCGUUUUGGGACCGCUUGCUCUUCCGUAAGGUCCGAGCUGGACUUGGAUUGGAUCGAUGUGAGUUUAUCAUCUCCGGAUCGGCCCCAUUAGCGCCCGAAGUUCUAGAUUUCUGUCGAAUUGCUCUCUUGGCUACAGUAGUAGAAGGAUACGGUCAGACCGAGACUUGUGGUGGCGUUACAGCCUCGCCGUUCGAGGAUUUAUCGACGGGUUUCGUUGGUACACCGAAUACUGCCGCGGAGAUUCGUUUAGAAUCUGUACCCGACAUGGGUUAUUUAGUGACAGAUAGAACGCAUGGAGAAGGUGCUGCCGCAGUUCCUUGUAUAGGCAGAGGUGAGAUUUGUGUACGAGGACCGCUAUUAUUUAAGGGUUACUACAAACAACCGGACAAGACGGCGGAAGCAGUGGAUGCUGACGGGUGGCUCCACACUGGUGACAUCGGUUUAUGGUCACCGUUAGGCCAAUUACGCAUUAUAGACCGGAAAAAGAAUAUCUUCAAGCUCUCACAGGGUGAAUAUGUAGCCCCGGAGAAGAUUGAAAAUGUCCUGGUUACGUGUCCGAGUAUUGCACAAGUCUUUGUGGCUGGCGACAGCUUCCAUUCGCAUGUUGUUGGUAUUAUUGUGCCGGAUGAACCAGCUAUUCGCUUGGUGGCGAAGUUGAAUGGCUUGACGAAUGCCACAUUCCGUGAGCUCUGCGAUCACGACGUGGUGAGGAGUACCAUAAAGAAAGAGAUCGAGGAGGCCUCCACGCGUGCUAAACUUGCUGGCUUCGAGCGCGUGCGUGAGAUCUACCUGCACCACGACCUUUUCUCAGUCGACAAUGAACUGCUGACUCCUACGUUCAAACUUCGGCGAGCAGACGCCCAGAAACGUUUCAAGAACGAAAUCGACCGCAUGUACGUACUCACAGGCGACAGCGUGGUCAAGACGGCGAUCCUCGACCUAAACUAA